ACCGUGGUGACGUCACGGCCGGUCGGUCGGCGCUCCGGUGUACCGGGCUCCAUUUAGGACCCUGCGGAAUCUGCGGAGAGAGCGUGAGAGACUGAGGGAGAGAUUCAGAGAGAGAGAGAGAGAGAGAGAGAAGGGGAAGGAGUGGGAGAGAGAAGCGGAGGGGACCGAAGGGCAGCGCCGCAGUACCGGAGGGUUGAGGCCCAGGGGCCGGAGACACGGGGGGGAGGAGGAUUCAGAGGGACGGGUGGUGGAUUCAACCAACUAACUACAUCUCCCACAAACAACCCGACACCUCUUUAUUUUCAUAUAUAACUCACCCAGUUCAUUAUUACACUAUAGUUUCUCUUCUGGUUUAGUUUAAAUGAGCCGUAAUUAGGCCUCGGAGUGAUUCUGUGUUCUGAACGAUGCCGUCCAACUCUGCUGCAGCUCCCGCCUGCAAAACUCCUGAACGUGACGCAGCGAGAAAAACGAGUUCAGGGCAGGAACAGGAAGUGUGUGGGCUCGUGCAGGAAGAGGCCCCGAUGGACGCUCCAGCACGCAGAGUGGGGCGUCCGGCUCGCAGGCGCAGACCUCCUGCUGACCACCAGGGGUACUAUGGAGUAGAGGCCAUCUCCAGAAUGCUCAGAAUGAGCCAGGUGGAUAGUUGUGAAUCUCUAAAAGAGGGCGUGGUGGGAGUGAAGGAGGCAGAGUGUAACGGCGAAAACGAGAAUGGCGUUACCCAAGGUGCUGUACAGGGGCGCCACUCUUCGCCUGACUCCUCCCACCAGAACGGCUCAGAAAAGGGUGAUGGGAAUGAAAACUCCGCCCCCUCCACUCCGCGCAAAAAACGCCGGAAACUUGAGCGACCUGAAAAACAUGUAGAGGAGGAUGGCAGCAGUAGUGAUGCGAGCAGGGGAGAGGGUGACAGUGGGCCUAUGCGCAGUUGUAAGGGGUCGGAUAUCAGCCUCCGUAGGAGACCCGUCCCCCGAAUCACCUACCAGGCUGGAGAGCCGUACCACAUCAGCAAAAGAGAGAUGGAGGAAAUGCUCGCUCGCUGCAGAAAAGAUGAGGAAGAGCAGAAGGCCCCCCCGGUGGAGCCGGUGACGAGCAGCAACAGCAUGGCUGACCAGCCGGGAGAAGACGCUCAGAAGGAAGAGCAGCCUGCCAUCAGUGUCCCGCCCACUCCAACACCACAGACUCCGCCCCCUCAGCAGCAGCACACAGACCCAGCAUCUCCCACAGUCGCCACGACGCCUGACCCCGCCCCUGUCACCUGCAGCAACAAAAGCCUGCGCAGGUCUUGUGAGAUGGAGCAGGAGUAUGAGGAUGGUCGUGGGUUUGGAAUCGGUGUACUGGUGUGGGGGAAGCUGCGGGGGUUCUCCUGGUGGCCCGGCCGUAUCGUAUCCUGGUGGAUAACAGGGCGCAGUCGAGCAGCAGAAGGGACUCGCUGGGUGAUGUGGUUUGGAGAUGGGAAAUUCUCUGUGGUGUGUGUAGAGAAACUGUUGCCUUUGAGUUCAUUUUCUACUGCCUUUCAUCAGCCUACCUACAGCAAACAGCCCAUGUACAGAAGAGCUAUCUUCGAGGUGCUUCAAACAGCCAGUACGCGGGCAGGUAAGCUGUUCCCGGUGUGCGUGUCCAAUGAUGACUCUGACUCGAGGAAGAAUAUAGAGCUGCUGACCCGUGAGAUGAUCGAGUGGGCCAGUGCAGGAUUCCUUCCCACCGGUGCAAAGGGCCUGGAACCCCCACCAGCGGAGCGGAGUCCCUACACUGAGGUUUACCCCGAGAUGUGGGUAGAGCCAGAAGCUGCAGCGUACACAGCCCCCAAGAAACCCAGAAAGAGCAGCAUUGAGAAGCCCAAGAUCAAGGAGAUUAUAGAUGAAGGAACCAGAGAGAGACUGGUAUAUGAAGUGCGUCAGAAGUGCCGAAAUAUUGAAGAUAUGUGCAUAUCCUGUGGGAGUCUGAACGUGUCACUCGAACAUCCACUCUUCAUUGGAGCUAUGUGCCAGAGCUGCAAGAACUGCUUCCUGGAGUGUGCGUAUCAGUAUGACGACGACGGCUAUCAGUCCUACUGUACCAUCUGCUGCGGUGGAAGAGAGGUGCUUAUGUGUGGAAACAACAACUGCUGCAGAUGCUUCUGUGUGGAGUGUGUGGAUCUGCUGGUGGGAACAGGUUCUGCGCAGGCUGCUAUCAGAGAGGACCCGUGGAACUGCUACAUGUGCGGCAGCAAGAACGUGUUCGGGCUGCUGCGGCGCAGAGAUGACUGGACAUCACGCCUUCAGCUGUUCUUCGCCAACAAUCAUGACCAGGACUUUGAGCCUCCUAAACUCUACACUCCUGUAGCGGCAGAGAAAAGGCAGCCAAUCAGAGUGCUCUCCUUGUUUGAUGGCAUCGCUACAGGUUUACUGGUGCUAAAGGACCUGGGGAUCCAGGUGGAGCGUUACGUGGCGUCGGAGGUGUGUGAGGAUUCCGUCACCGUGGGUAUGGUGCGGCACCAGGGGCGCAUCAUAUAUGUCGGGGACGUUCGCAAUGUCACACGCAAGCACAUUCUGGAAUGGGGUCCGUUUGAUCUUGUCAUCGGUGGAAGCCCCUGUAACGAUCUCUCCAUCGUCAACCCAGCCAGGAAAGGUCUCUUUGAGGGCACUGGGCGUUUGUUUUUCGAGUUCUAUCGGCUGCUGCACGAGGCUCGUCCAAAAGAAGGAGACGACAGGCCGUUCUUCUGGCUUUUUGAGAACGUGGUUGCCAUGGGAGUUAGCGACAAACGAGACAUCUCACGCUUCCUUGAGUGCAAUCCAGUGAUGAUCGACGCCAAGGAGGUGUCCGCUGCCCACCGCGCACGCUACUUCUGGGGCAAUCUGCCUGGAAUGAACAGGCCAUUGUCUGCCAUGGCAAAUGAUAGGCUUGACCUGCAAGACUGUCUGGAACAUGGCCGCACAGCCAAGUUUGAUAAGUUGAGAACCAUCACCACUCGCUCCAACUCCAUCAAGCAGGGCAAAGAUCAGCACUUCCCCGUCUACAUGAACAACAAGGAGGACAUCCUCUGGUGCACUGAGAUGGAGAGGGUGUUUGGUUUUCCUGUCCAUUACACAGAUGUGUCAAACAUGAGUCGUCUGGCCAGGCAAAGGCUGCUGGGAAGGUCGUGGAGUGUCCCCGUCAUCCGGCACCUUUUUGCUCCGCUGAAGGAGUACUUUGCCUGUCUUUAACCUCUGCCGACACAUGACCACAUCACGAUGGCUCUCUCCACUCCCUGAUCUGCAUACCGACCAGCUCCACCCCUUUUUUUUUUUUUUCGGUAGUUUCCUGACGACCUACUGGUGCUAUUCAUUGGGGAAAGAUAUGAAGUUUCAUCCAACUACAAUGUUUCACAUUUACAUGUCAGCUAUUUAUUGAAAUAUAACAAGACAUACAGUGCUGUGCCGAAGUCUUAGGCUACCUGAGAGAUGUUUAAAUCUGUUUAUCUGGGCAGUGGGCAUUUAAUUGUGGAGAAAAAUUCUGAACAUUACCAACAAAAAGUGACAUUAAGUACUUUUAGUCUUUGUACCAGUAACCUUUUUUAAGAUUAAGAACUUCUUGUUACUUUUUACCAUCAACCAAAAUUGAUAAACCACAUUGAUAAACAGAUUUAAUCUAUUUUCUGUCUGGCCAAAGUUUUCCACAGUAAUGUAAAUAUUUAUGGGUUUGUGUUUCUGGUUUUACUGCCAUAUAAUCUGUUAUUAGGGGUCCAAGCACCUAAAGCACUUUUUGGGCUCUAUAACCUGCAAGUAGCUGUUUCUCAGCUACUGCCUGUAUUAAUAAUCUAAACUUUUACAUAUUGCAAUUUUUUACCCACCUUGUAAUCAACAUAAUAAGCAUGAUUAAUGAUUAAGUGAUUGGGAAAAUAUGGCCUCCAUCAGACACUCGACAUGAUUUCAUCAGAUGUUUAAAAGGCUUAGUUAGCUCUGACCAGUCAGUUCAGAUGCACAGUGAGACAGUCUACUAUCAUCAGACAUUUGCAUUCUGCAUUAUUGACGUAGGCUGUAAGUGAGCUUCUAAUGUUGGCUCAUUAGCAAGUAUAAAUACCACUGCUCUCAGCCAAUCCGAUUUUCAGACGGAUUUACUAUGCACUAUGCAUGUUUAAUUUGUUUCUGUACCUGUUUUAAAUACUCUUUUUUAAAGUUUGCAAGAAUGCCCUUUUCAGAUUAGACCUUUGAGUUUUUUUUAUGAGAUAAUCUCAAAUUUUAUAUUGUGGUUAAAAUAAGUUAAUUUAAUAAGUAUAUUUAAUACAAUAUAUACUACUACAUUUGUAUACAAUUAUGAAACGCAUGAAUCAACAAAUUGAUGUGGACUGGGUUAUUAUCUUGACUUAAUGAGAGGUCAAAGCUGGUCAUUUUUAUUAUUAUCAUAUUAUUAAACGCACUAUAAAGCGCACCUGAUUAUAAGGUGCAUUUCAAGAGACACUAUAAGGUGAGGGUGGGGGGGGGAUUAGCUAACUAAGUUAAGUAAAACUAAGCUAAGUAAACAAAACUGUAAUUAAAAAAGACUUUCUUAUAAAGUCACACAAGUGCUGGAUGUUAAUCUACACAGAUUUCUCUCCUCAAAACUGUUUAUUUGGGUGAGUAAAACGCUUUUGUUUAUUUACAGUAAGCUUAGAUUCCCAAAUUUCUCCAGCACAAAGGAUGGAGCGUUAGCGGCUAACCGCUCCAGCAGCGCUAGCCGUGAUUAGCAGCAGGCUACAGGCCAAUAAUACUUCCCUCUAAAUGGGGAAAUAACGAGUGCGUUUAGCGGCUAAUGCUAAUGCUACUCCAGCCCCGGUGCUGGAGAACUAAACUCAAACUCCUAAAUAAAACUGCAAAUUGUUGGAGUGGCUUUACUGCUUCUAAUAAACUGACUGGUAAAAUUCAUACAUAAGCAACCUGGAUCAAAAGGCGCACUGAUGAUUUUUGGCUAAAUUAAAGGUUUGUAAGUGCGCCUUAUAGUGCGAAAAAUAUGGUAAGCGAAUAAGACAGCUCGAGAAAGCAUGAUAAGUUUGGUUUGGCAUCAAGAUUCAAAUUCAAAUUUCCAAUCUCAAACUGCACAGAUCAUUAAGACUGUGAUUUAUGUGAACUUGUUGCUGAAAUGGUGCUUGGGCCCCAGUGGUUGCCAGUUAUGGCUUUGUAAUAGGUUCUGUAUUUUUUAGAACUUACUAUUCGGUCGGAACAAUCCGCACAUUUAGUCUGUGACAGCAAGGCUUCUCUCGUACAGAGAGACCGCUGCUUGAGUGUGUGUGUGUGUGUACAUGUUUGUGUGAAAAUGGACAGUAGUCUCUUUGAGCACAAAGCAGCAGGAAGGUCAUGGCGUUUUUAGACACCCCUUGUGCACUGCACCCUUUCCCCCCUAUUGUCAAGAUGUGCAACAAUAGAAUACUACACACAAACACACACACACAAACAUAUACACACAUGCAAAUACGCAAAUUGAGCUGUGAGAGGAGAGGGAAGUCUUCUUUUUCUUGAACACACACACAAAUCCACUGAUAGACUGUUUACAGUUUGAACUGCUCAACUGCGGUACUUACUAUACUACUCUGCUAUACAACACACCUGCUGUUUAACUGAUCAUACACAAAUACGGUGCUCUCUCUCUCUCUCUUCUUCCUCUUUCUAUCUUCAUCUUCCUCUCUGUUUAUCUCUUUUCUAUAUAUAUAUCAAUAUCUCCUCUCCCUCUCAGCAAUACCAACGUACAGCCACACUUAAGAGGCCUUACUGCUGGGAAUUUAUGGGGGCACUCAACACAGAGAGUGAUAACACACACUAGUGUACGCAGUGUGAUACACACUGCCUGUUAAAAGUUUGGGGACACUUUGUUUUCUCAGCUUUGCGUCUUCACACUGAACCUGCCUUGGUAUGAGGAGAAGUUUAAUUAGAAGUUCUUUAAUUUGCAUUGUAAGCUAUUCUUCGAACCAAAAAAUUAGUUUAGACACUUUGUUGUCCCAAAAAAGGAAGAUUAAAUGUCUAGUUUUGGCCUUAUUUUAAAGCUAGCAUUGUUCUUAUCAAUUACAUUCACUUGUUAUGUUUUGCUGUGUAUUGUGGCUAAGUUUAUUCAGUUAUUUAAAAAUAUAUAUAUUUAAAGAACAGAAACUCAGCUAAGCACAGGAAAGGAAAAAGCACCAAAAAUGGAAAAAGCUAAUCAGCUGAUGCUAACUGAUAUGACAUUAAACACCAGCACUGGGGAACGCCACUUUGUGUCGAGCAUUGUUUAACAAGUGUUCUAUCUGGAGUUGAUUUGAAAAGUGAGGUGUGUUCACUUAAUGUUUCUGGCGUAUUGAUAUCUUGGCAAUGGAAAACACAGUUGUGCCACUGACUGAUUUAAACCCUAACAACAGUCAACCGUCAGGCAUCCAUUCCUACCUUAUCUACGCAGGUGUGCUGCACGCACUCAAUGCAUGUACACCGCCACUCGUCACACACAAGGACAUGCAGCUGUGCACAUACCCAAAUUUUACAUUAAGAAUAAAUAGAAUACAAUAUAAAUUAACAUUGCUGUUCCCUUAAAUAACCUGCUCACACACCUUAGUUUGCUGAGAAGCGCAGAAGAGAAGAGAAAUCAGAGUGCACCCAGCUCUUGAAGGAAAUGACAAGUGACACACUGAUUGGUUUAUUUCAUGUUACGCCUCCAAAACACAACCAUGAUAAUUAAAAGAAUUAGUACAUGUGUUUUUGAGCCACACAAGCUGUAUUUUUUGCAUCCUUUACAAUAAUAAACAUACACUGACACCCUAAAUCAAACUGCACAGUGUGCGGUUUGUGGCUCGCCUAUAGAUUGCUUUAAUAGGGCCCAAAAUGGUGUUCCCCAGUGGAUGACAUGCCAGUGUUAACUAAUGAAAUUAAUAUAUUUUUAUUGGUUCUGGACAUAACAAAUAUUAGAUAAACUUUUUAACCCAAUUAGCAAAAAAGGCAACAACACAACAACACUUCCUUAUCACUCACAUCAAGACGCCAGUGUUUCAAAAUAGCUAAAUUGAAUGUUCUUACAAGCAAAUCUCACAUUUUACUGUUGUAUAUCAACAUAAAGUGGCUGGAUUGUUAGUCUGUAUAUUUUUCCUGUCUUCCAAUGAUGGAGCGAUGGAAAUGAACAGUGAUUCCAGUGUGUAGACUGUAAGAUUGUUUCCUGCUAAACGGACAUGAUAUGUCUUUGAUAACUGAUAAAGAAACCAGGCUCAUUUGUAUUAAAAGCACCCAAACCUUUUAACAGGCAGUAGUACAUCACGAAAGAGAGCGAUGUAACACUCAAACAAGGAAUUUUAAAAAGAGAAAGCUGUAUGACAUACUUGCACGACAGCUGUGGGUAAAACACAAACACACGAACACAAACGUACACUUCUCUGGCACAAGGAAAACUGGAACAGUAAUCAAGCUCUAAAGAGACGAAACGCUUAGAAAGACUCUUUCUCUCCACUUUGGGGAUUUCUAUGUUACAGGCUGUGAUGCAAUACUGCUAAAAGUGUAAGAGCUUCUUCUGAGAGUGAAUCAGAGACAGCACUCUGUUUUCCAAACUCAAACUCAGAGCAAUUUGCUGCAGAUCCCGUUCACACCUGAAGGGGGAAGCAGCGAACAACAUCCUAAAAUCCUUCCACAAAUCACUGUGGUGAUAUUAGCAACCACCAGCUGAAUUCCUUUCUACUGUAAAGUGUGAAACUACAAGGUUCUGUCAGAACACCACCAUUUAUACUGUACUGAAGUACUGAAGUGAUUGUGUGAGUGUGAGUGUGUGUGUGUGUGUGUGUGUGUGUGUGUGAGCGGAGAAUCGUUCUCCAGACCUGCUAUGUUUUGCUUUUCUCAUAGGGAAAAGAAAAGAAAAGAAAUUUCUCUCCAUGGUGCUUUUCUUCCCCUCGUUUUGUAUUAUUUUCUGUUUCUUACUUUUUCUCUACUCUUUACUGAUUUUCUCUUUACUGCGCUUUACAUAGUUUUUCUUCAGACUGUGAGUGAGGACCAGGCUUGCGUUAGCCUGUAUGCUAACCCACAGGCACAACCCAGUGUGCUUUAUGGAUAUUGUUUGGUUUAUAUAUCGAUCUUCAGUUCUGGUUGUGCUAAUCCAGCUCUUGGUCCUUGUUUGGAAAAGAGUUCUGACGUGUGCUCCAGGGGAUUCUGGGAUAGUGACCUCUCUGUGUGAUGUCAUAUAAACCGGUCACUUGGUGCUCCCAGAAUUCCUUCAACUCUGGCCUUGGCCACACAUGGUGUGUAAGGUGCUGAUACAGUGUGCACACACCUUCCAGACCACAAUCUAGAAACUAGAAAGUCUGGAUUACUGUAUUUUCUCCGUGCUGUAAUACUCUUCCUCUUCCAGAUCAGAGGAGAACAGGACAUUCUGGUGCUUACAAACGCGUUCUUAAAAACUAAACUUUUUAAGAAAGUUUUUUUUUGUUUUCUUUCCAAAGGCAGGUUUUGGAAAAGCAUCAUUGUUGUUCGAGUUGUCAAAUCCCACAACUAACAGGCUAACUUGGUUAGGCUAGUAUCCAGAAACUAGUCUCGGGUCAGACUAUGAAGCAUGCGUGUCCUGUACUAUUUUCCAGACACAGAUAAUGCCCUCGACUGACUGUACUCUGUUGUGAGUGGUUUAAGGUCCACGACUGACGGUUUUUGUUAGUUUAUGUCCGGAAAUGCGUCACACUGCGGUGAAUUAACUAGCAUUUAGACUGUUUCAGGAGUCCAAAAGCUAAGCUAAGCUAAGCUAAGCUUUAAGAAGAUGUGCCUAGGAUGUGGAUAUAGCCGCGUUAGCCGCUGCGUCGAGUCUUCACGUGCCCUGGACGUCUGCGCAAGCUCAACUAGUCUCAGCCCCACACGCUAGUUUCAGCCUUUAGAUAUCAGUGCGGCCAAAACUGCGCAAGUCCCACAACACCAGUCCGCUGGGGACUCCCGUCAGCGCGAAUUCAACUGUACAUAAAUAUGUUUUUUUUAGCAUUGGAUCAUGUUUUGUGCGGCAGUUUUGUGUUUUUUAAAUUGAUUUAGGUUAAUUCCGUGUGAUCAUAGGCUGAUGUAUGAUAAUGUUAGCAUAGCUUGUUUUGAAUAGGAGAGACUGGGGAAGGGUGGAGCUUAAUUGUAAUAAGCUGUAAUGAGGUUAUGUUAAUGAGGGAGACGCCGGCAAUACACAAUGCCGCUCCCACAGAGUUUUUUUCUCAUUUCUUUACGUAUUUAUGAAUUUGUCUCAAACGAGUGGGUGAUUGAAAGGUGAUGAUUAGAGAGCCAACCAAUAACCAUUCGACAGCUUUAAAGGAGGAGGUCCUUUAUACGGUUAUUUUAGAAAUCAAAUCUUUAAGAAGAGUGUGAGUGAAGGCGUUUCAAAAAGGUGCUAUACAAUUUAUUCUUAAAUGAGAAGAAAAAAAAAAAAGAAUUACGUGAAAUAUAUUGUUGGAAAAUAAGAAUCGACCGGUCUUGACAAUGACUGUCUUUAUGUUGUCGUAGUAAUGAAAAGAAGCACUAUUAUUUUACUCUUUUAUGAAUAUAUUAACAAAUGCAUUUUAACUUUGUACUUGAUGAAGAUGUAAAAGUAGAAAAAAAAAUAAAGUGAAGAAAUUCAUGUGUUUUAGCCUAGACAUUACUGUAGUAUGAGCGUCUCGAGAAGAAAGUCAUUCUGUUAUACUGGACACACGCGUUCAUUCUAAAGGUUCUGUGCACUGAUGCGUAACUCGCUUUAUCUUUGGCAGCAAAAACUACAUUACCCAACAUUCCUCGCUUUCCAAAUCCUUCCAUGUACUCUGGCUUAUUCUGUUUGAUCCGAGUGUAAUGUUAUGGGUAUAUAUAUAUAUAUAUAUAUAUAUAUAUAUAUAUAUAUAUAUAUAUAUAUAUAUUAUACACCUAUAUGAGAUUGUUGUUGCCUCAAUAUCAAUAUUUAUUGACUGCAGCCAUGUCCUACCUUCUGUCAUUCAUUUGGUCGAAGCAGUCCUCUCUCUUUCUCCUUUUCGUCUCUAUCUUGUUUGUUUUCUCUCCUUCACAACACCUUUUACUCGUUCUCCUCCUCUGUGGCUGUACUUCUGCUGUGUUAUUAAGUGAUGAUGUUCUCGUCCCUUAUUAACGCUCUGAACACAUGCAUACAUAGGUGCGUAAGGAAGGAGCGUGAGAAAAAGAGAAAGAGAGGAAUGAAAGGGGGAAACAGAGGGGAACAGAAUGACUCGUAUCUUAUGUAUUUGUGCUGGGGAACACUUGAAUUAAAUGUACUGUUUUUGUGCAAAAAAGCAACACAAAAAAACAA